UUGAGCCACUGCUGCAGUGAUAGCGGUUGAUCGCUCGAGCGCUUCACGGUUUCAUUAACAGCGAAAAACCCUUUAUUUUUAUUCAUUUUCUGCUUUUUGACUUAAUCCUCGUGCUAGAGGAGAAGUGUUGAUCCUCGCACACAAACAUGAUCACUUCCGCCGCUGGUAUCAUUUCCCUCCUGGAUGAAGAUGAGCCUCAGCUCAAGGAGUUUGCGCUGCACAAACUGAACUCUGUUGUCAAUGACUUCUGGGCCGAGAUUUCAGAGUCUGUGGAUAAAAUUGAGGUCUUGUAUGAGGAUGAGACGUUUCGCAGCCGGCAGUUUGCUGCAUUGGUGGCGUCGAAAGUCUUUUACCACCUCGGCGCUUUCGACGAGUCUUUAAGCUACGCUCUGGGCGCUGGAGAUCUCUUCAACGUCAAUGACGACUCUGAAUAUGUGGAGACCAUUAUUGCCAAGUGUAUCGAUCAUUACACCAAGCAGCGUGUUGAGAAUGCAGAGCUGCCGGAGGACGAGGAGAAGAAGAACAUCGACCCUCGUCUGGAGGGAAUCGUUAAUAAGAUGUUUCAGAGAUGUCUGGGGGAUCACAAGUACAAACAGGCCAUCGGCAUCGCACUGGAGACCAGACGCCUGGACAUCUUCGAGAAAACCAUCCUGGAGUCUAAUGACAUUGGGGGUUUGCUGGCCUACAGCCUGAAGAUCUGCAUGUCCCUCAUGCAGAACAAGAAGUUUCGUAAUGAAGUUCUGCGUGUUCUGGUCAAGCUGUACAUGAACCUGGAGAAGCCCGACUUCAUUAACGUCUGCCAGUGUCUGAUUUUCCUGGACGAUCCUCAAGCAGUAAGCGAUAUCUUGGAGAAGCUCGUUAAGGAGGAUAACCUGCUGAUGGCCUACCAGAUCUGCUUUGACCUAUAUGAGAGCGCCAGCCAGCAGUUCCUCUCCUCCGUCAUCCAGAACCUGCGGACCGUCGGCACACCCAUCCCUGCGGUGCCCGGAUCUACCAACACGGGCACGGUGCCCACGCCAGACAAAGACAGUGAUUCAAUGGAGACAGAGGAUAAAGCUGGAAGCUCUCCCGCUGGGAAAACUGCAGACGCGAAGGACGAGCCCAAAGACCAGAACUCAAAAAUGAUCAAAAUACUCAGCGGAGAAAUGGCCAUCGAGCUGCACCUUCAGUUUCUCAUCCGAAACAACAACACAGACCUGAUGAUCCUCAAAAACACAAAGGACGCGGUGCGAAAUUCGGUGUGUCACACAGCAACGGUCAUAGCAAACUCCUUCAUGCACACAGGGACAACGAGCGACCAGUUUCUACGAGAGAAUUUGGAGUGGCUGGCAAGAGCAACAAACUGGGCCAAAUUCACAGCGACAGCCAGCCUCGGCGUCAUUCACAAGGGUCAUGAAAAAGAAGCGCUGCAGUUAAUGGCAACGUACCUGCCCAAAGACACCUCACCUGGAUCAGCCUAUCAGGAGGGCGGAGGGCUGUAUGCACUAGGGCUAAUCCAUGCUAAUCACGGUGGAGACAUCAUCGACUACCUGCUGAGCCAGCUGAAGAACGCCAGCAAUGAUAUUGUCCGUCAUGGUGGUGCUCUGGGUCUUGGUUUAGCUGCGCUGGGCACCGCUCGCCAAGACGUCUACGAUCUGCUCAAAUCAAACCUGUAUCAGGAUGAUGCAGUAACGGGUGAAGCGGCGGGUCUUGCUCUCGGACUGGUGAUGUUGGGCUCAAAGUCCGCUCAGGCCAUCGAGGACAUGGUGGGCUACGCUCAGGAGACGCAGCACGAGAAGAUCCUGCGGGGUCUUGCGGUUGGCAUCGCCAUGGUGAUGUACGGCAGAAUGGAGGAGGCCGACGCACUUAUCGAGAGUCUCUGCAGAGACAAGGACCCCAUCCUGCGCCGUUCGGGAAUGUACACAGUGGCUAUGGCGUACUGCGGCUCGGGGAACAACAAAGCCAUCCGACGCCUGCUGCACGUGGCUGUCAGCGACGUAAACGAUGACGUCCGGAGGGCUGCGGUGGAGUCCAUCGGGUUCAUCAUGUUCAGGACUCCAGAACAAUGUCCCAGUGUGGUUUCUCUGCUGUCUGAGAGCUACAAUCCUCACGUCCGCUACGGCGCUGCUAUGGCUCUGGGCAUCUGCUGUGCUGGCACUGGAAACAAGGAGGCCAUCAAUCUCCUGGAGCCCAUGACCAAUGACCCGGUCAAUUAUGUUAGACAAGGCGCUCUGAUCUCCUCUGCUCUGAUCAUGAUCCAACAGACCGAGGUCACCUGUCCAAAGGUGAACCAGUUUCGCCAGCUGUACUCAAAGGUGAUCAAUGACAAGCAUGAUGAUGUCAUGGCCAAAUUUGGGGCCAUCCUGGCUCAGGGCGUCCUGGAUGCAGGUGGUCGUAACGUGACGAUCUCUCUGCAGUCCCGCACGGGCCACACACACAUGCCGUCUGUGGUGGGUCUGCUGGUCUUCACGCAGUUCUGGUUCUGGUUCCCACUCUCUCACUUCCUGUCUCUAGCCUUCACACCCACAGCCAUCAUUGGCCUCAACAAGGACCUGAAGAUGCCGAAAGUGCAGUAUCGCUCCAACUGUAAACCCUCCACCUUUGCCUACCCUCCACCCCUGGAAGUGCCAAAGGAGAAGGAAAAGGAGAAGGUUUCCACCGCCGUUCUGUCCAUCACCGCUAAAGCCAAGAAGAAGGAGAAGGAGAAGAAAGAGAAGGAGGAGGAAAAGAUGGAAGUGGAAACACAGGCCGAGGCUGAGAAAGAGAAGAAAGACGAGGAGAAAGAGAAAGAAAAAGAGAAGAAGAAAGAGCCAGAGCCAAACUUCCAGAUGAUGGAGAAUCCGGCCCGUGCCCUGCCUGCCCAGCUGAAGGUGCUCACCAUGCCGGACAGCUGCAGAUACCAGCCCUUCAAACCUUUACACACAGGAGGCAUCAUCAUCCUGAAAGACACCAGUGAGGAAGAGGAGGAGCUGGUGGAGCCGGUGUCGGCUCACGGACCCAAGAUUGAGGAGGAGGAACAGGAGCCCGAGGCCCCAGAACCAUUCGAGUACAUUGAUGAGUGACAUGUGCCACCCUACAGGUGGUGCUGUGAAUCCACCGUAUUGGCAACAUGCAGUUCUCCACGUCCUGUUAUCCACUCGAAAUGCUCAACCCUUUCCUUUUUUUACGUUGUUUUCUCCACUUGGCCACUUAAGGAAUGUUUUACAUGAUGCAUUUUGGCCAUUACAAUAAAAUAUCUAUGUUGAA